AUGAUAUCGUAUAAUCGAGUAAUUCGAGUAAUAAAGAGAGAUGAAAACCUUUUUUCAAUAGUAGAAAACAUAUGCACGCAAGUUGGUUACACGAUCCCCAAACAUCAAAUAAAUUACAUAGCGAGGGUGCCGACACAUUUUGGUAAAGAUAAAUCUAUUAUUGUCAACUUCAUCAACCGCUACAUAAAGGAAGAAUUUGUAGCUGCAGCGAGAGCCAAGAAAUUCAUGACAGCGAAGGACAUUGGGGAAAAAUGGACAAAAAAUGAUACUGAAUGGUACCCGAGAGAUGGAAAAAAACGUAAAGGACGUCAGAAAUUAAGAUGGGAGAAUGACAUCAAGCAAAUAGCCACAACAACGUGGCAAAGAAAAGCUGCAAAUAAGGAAAUAUGGAAAACCCUAGGGGUGGACUAUGCCAAAGGGCAAGCUGAUAAUAAUAUUACCGAUGUCGAAGAUUAA